GCACUUGGAUGUUCCAACACUCAGAUCUGGCCUCAGUGCUCGGCAGCAAUGGCAAAGCCUCAGAGUAAGGAUUCCGGACUGAAGGAGAAAUUCAGGAACCUCCUGGGGCUGGGAACAUCCCGGGGAAGUUCCAAGUCGUCGGAGGGCAAGCAGACAGAGUUUAUCAUCACUGCAGAAAUACUCAAGGAACUGAGCAUAGAAUGUGGAUUGAGUAACAGGAUACGAGCAAUCGGUCAGAUUUGUGAAGUGGCAAAAACCAAAAAAAUUGAAGAGCACGCCGUGGAAGCCAUCUGGAAGGUGGUGGCUGACAUGCUGCAGCCGGAGCGUCCGGCCGAGGCCAGACACGCUGUGCUUCACCUGCUCAAGUCCAUCGUUCAAGGACAGGGUGAGAGAUUAGGGAUCCUCAGAGCCCAUUUUUUUAAGGUUAUUAAGGAUUAUCCCUCCAAUGAAGACUUGCACGAGCGGCUCGAAGUGUUCAAGGCCCUGACAGAGAAUGGACGAUACAUCACCUACUUAGAAGAAGAGUUGGCUGAUUUUGUCCUACAGUGGAUGGAUGUUGGUUUGACUUCUGAGUUCCUCCUGGUUUUAGUGAACCUGGUGAAAUUCAAUAGCUGCUAUCUGGAAGGCUAUGUAGCUGACAUGGUCCACAAGAUCUGCCUCUUGUGCAUUCAGACUUCAUCAUCUGUGGACAUAGAGAUUUCCUUGCAAGUCCUUGACGCAGUUGUUUGCUACAACUGCCUGCCCUCAGAGAACCUGCCCGUGUUCAUCAUCACUCUGUGCCGUACCAUCAACGUGAAGGAGCUCUGUGAGCCCUGCUGGAAGCUCAUGCGCAACCUCUUGGGAACUCAUCUGGGCCACAGUGCCAUCUACAACAUGUGCAGGAUCAUGGAAGACAGAGCCUACAUGGCAGACGCAGCACUGCUGAGAGGGGCCGUGUUCUUCGUGGGGAUGGCUCUGUGGGGAGCUCAUCGCCUCAAUUCCCUCAAGAACUCCCCAACUUCGGUGCUGCCUUCCUUCCUCAAGGCCAUGACGUGUCCCAAUGCAGUUGUGUCUUACGAGAUAGUUCUGUCCAUAACACGCCUGAUAAAGAAAUAUGGGAAGGAGCUGCAAGCUGUGACCUGGGAUAUCCUUUUGGACAUCAUGGAGCGACUGCUGCAGCAGCUGCAGAGUCUGGAGAGCCAAGAACUUAAGUCCAUUGUACAUGAUCUUUUGACUACAGUGGAAGAACUCUGUGACCAGAAUGAUUUCCAUGGUUCUGAAGAGAGAUUUUUUGAGCUGGUGGAAAAAUGCGCUGAUCAGAGACCAGAAUCUUCUGUAUUAAACUUGAUAACAUACAGAGCUCAGUCUAUCCAUCCUGCCAAAGAUGGCUGGAUUCACAACCUGCAGCUGUUAAUGGAGAGAUUCUUCAGGAAUGAGAGUCGUAGUGCUGUUCGAAUUAAGGUUCUGGAUGUCCUGUCCUUUGUGCUGAGCAUUAACAGACAGUUCUAUGAGGAGGAGCUGAUAAACCUGGUGGUGAUCUCUCAGCUGGCUCACAUUCCAGAGGAUAAAGACCACCAGGUCCGAAAACUGGCCACUCAGCUGCUCGUGGACCUGGCUGAGGGCUGCAACACUCAUCACUUCAACAGCCUGCUGGAUAUCAUAGAGAAGGUGGCUGCACAUUCUCUCUCAUCUCCUUCUGAACUGGAAGAGAGGGACUUGCUGUCAUAUUCAGCUUCUCUGGAGGAUGUCAAAACAGCAGUUCUUGGGCUCCUGAUAAUUCUUCAGACCAAGCUGUACAGUUUGCCCUCCAGCCACGCCAUGCGGGUGUACGAGAUGCUGAUCCAGCACGUCCAGCGCCACUACAUCUACUCCUACAGCCUGCCCGUGGCCAGCAGCAUCAGGCUGCAGGUAUUUGAUUUCCUGCUGAUGCUCCGAGCUGACUCCCUCCACCGCCUUGGCCUUUCCAACAAGGAUGGAGCAGUGAGGUUCAGCCCCUACUGCCUGUGUGAUUUUGUAGAGGCAGAGAAGAGGGCUGCUGACAAAAAGCCCCCUGGCACACUCUCUCCGCCUUCAGGCAGCCCCAGCGUGCCUUCCCAAAAUGCCACCAUCCGGAUUGGGCAUCUUCCCUACUCCAUGGUCUUCGGGGUCCUCCUGCAGUGCUUGAAGCAGGAGACAGACUGGAAGGUGUUGAAGUUGGUUCUCAACAAAUUACCCGAAUCCCUCCGCUAUAAAGUGCUGUUUUUAACCUCUCCUUGUAACAUUGACCUCCUGGCCUCUGCGCUGAGCUACAUGCUCACAGACAAGAAGACCACAGACCGGCUCCACGGAACCCCAGAAGGCUUCUCCCGCACUGAUUUGCACCUGGCUGUGGUCCCAGUGCUGACAGCAUUGAUAUCUUACCAUAACUACCUGGACAAAGCUAAGCAGCGUGAGAUCGUGUAUUGCCUGGAGCACGGGCUGAUCUAUCGCUGUGCCAACCAGUGUGUGGUGGCACUGUCAGUCUGCAGUGUGGAGAUGCCCGACAUCAUCAUCAAGGCACUCCCUGUCCUCAUAGUCAAAUUAACCCACAUUUCUGCCACAGCCAACAUGGCAAUCCCUCUCCUAGAAUUCCUGUCAACUCUGGCCAGGCUGCCUCACCUGUACAGGAACUUUGCAGCAGAGCAGUACGCGAGCGUGUUCGCCAUCUCCCUGCCCUACACAAACCCCUCCAAGUUUAACCAGUACAUCGUUUGCCUGGCCCACCACGUGAUCGCCAUGUGGUUCAUCCGCUGCCGCCUCCCCUUCCGGAAGGACUUCGUCCCCUACAUCACCAAGGGUUUGCGCUCCAACGUGCUCCUCUCCUUCGACGACACCCCUGAGAAGGACAGCUUCAGGGCUCGCAGCACGAGCCUCAACGAGAGGCCAAAGAGUAGUUUAAGACUAGCCAAAAAUGCAAAGCAAGGCUUGAAUAACUCUCCUCCAGUGAAAGAGCUGAAAGAACCCUCUGCAGUUGAUGCCUUCCGGUCCCGCAGCAUCAGUGUGUCUGAACAUGUGGUCCGCAGUCGGAUCCAAACGUCCAUCACCAGCUCCAGCCUGGGCUCUGCAGAUGAAAAUUCAAUGGCUCAGGCUGAUGACAACUUAAAAAACCUGCACCUGGAGCUCACAGAGACCUGCCUGGAUAUGAUGGCUCGAUACGUCUUCUCCAACUUCACUGCGGUGCCAAAGAGGUCUCCCGUGGGCGAGUUUCUUUUGGCUGGAGGGAGGACAAAGACGUGGCUGGUUGGUAACAAGCUGGUGACCAUCACUACAAGUGUUGGAACAGGGACAAGGUCCUUGCUUGGCCUGGACUCUGGAGAGUUCCAAAGCCCCACGGAAUCAAGCUCAGACCCUGUUUUGCAAGUGAGACAGACUAAAGAAGCUCCAGCCAAACUGGAAUCUCAGGCUGGGCAGCAGGUUUGCAGAAGCUCUCGCAACAGAGUCCGAUCCAUGUCGGGUGGUCAUGCCUUACGUGUUGGUGCCUUAGACAGCUCAGGCUCCCAUUUUGCCAGUGGCUCCACCUCCCAAGGGACACAGGGCCCUCCUGCUCCUGCAGCUCGCUCGGAGAAGGCUAAUCCUGCUCCACAGACACCCCUGCAGAAGGAAAAAGCAAACUUGGCUGCCUAUGUCCCACUGCUGACCCAGGGCUGGGCAGAAAUCCUGGUGCGCAGACCCACAGGUAACACCAGCUGGCUGAUGAGUCUGGAGAACCCGCUCAGCCCGUUCUCCUCAGACAUCAACAACAUGCCCCUGCAGGAGCUCUCCAAUGCCCUCAUGGCUGCAGAGCGCUUCAAGGAGCACCGGGAAACGGCUCUUUACAAAUCCCUGUCUGUGCCCUCCUCCAGCCUGGCCACGGGAACAGCCAAACCCUCGCUCCUGCAGCGCUCCAACACAGUGGCCUCUUUCUCUUCCAUGUACCAGUCCAGUUGUCAAGGGAAGUUGCACAGGAGCAUAUCCUGGGCAGAAUCCGCCGUGGUGCUGGAGGAGGGGAGCGCGGGCGAGAUGGAGCUCAAGGAAACCGAGUCCCCGGUGGAGUCUCCGGAGAGUGAGGACAUGGAGACGUCGUGUUCGGAGCACGUCCUGAGCGAGGAAAGGUUUGGUAAAGGCCAGGAGUCCUACAGCAGGUCCUCCUCCACCUCCAGCCAAGAAGACAAAUCAAUGAAGUCGGAAGACCUGGCGGAGGGCGGAAUUCCCAUUGGGAGAGAGGACGGCCGGACGCUGGAGGAACUCUCCUUCCAGCCAUCCCAGCCACUCAGCAAGUCCAGCUCCUCCCCCGAGCUCCAGACGCUGCAGGAGGUCCUCAAGGAUGCAAAUGGCAGAGAAGUGACGAGGAGGCUGAGCACAGAAGUGAAAUCCAAAUCCCAGUCUGGGAACCUGGAAGGGGAAGGGCUGGGCAGCUGGCUGGGCAGGGGGGAGGACUCCAGGGGCACUGGCUCAGGCUUGGAUGGCACCGGAGCCGCCACCUCUCCCCGCUCCCCCUCGGGACACCGGCCCCGGGGAUACACCAUCUCCGACUCUGCCCCGUCCAGGAGGGGGAAGAGGAUCGAGAGAGACGCCUUCAAGGGCAGGACAGCAGCUUCCAACGCUGAGAAAGUCCCCGGGAUAAACCCCAGCUUUGUGUUUUUACAGUUGUACCACUCCCCAUUCUUUGGUGAUGAAAACAACAAGCCCCUCUUGUUGCCAAAUGAGACGUUUGAAAGGUCGGUGCAGCUCCUGGACCAGAUCCCGUCGUACGACACACACAAGAUUGCAGUGCUGUACGUUGGGGAGGGCCAGAGCAACAACGAGAUCGCGAUCCUGUCCAACGAGCACGGCUCCUAUCGCUACACCGAGUUCCUCACGGGGCUGGGGAAGCUCAUUGAGCUCAAAGACUGUCAGCCAGACAAGAUCUACCUCGGGGGCCUGGAUGUGUGUGGGGAGGAUGGCCAGUUUACCUACUGCUGGCACGAUGACAUCAUGCAAGCUAUUUUCCACAUUGCCACUCUGAUGCCCACCAAGGAUCUGGAUAAAUAUCGCUGUGACAAGAAGAGGCACCUGGGGAAUGAUUUUGUUUCCAUUGUUUACAAUGAUUCAGGAGAGGACUUUAAACUGGGAACAAUAAAGGGCCAGUUCAAUUUUGUGCACGUGAUCAUCACCCCCCUGGACUAUGAUUGUAACCUGGUGACGCUGCAGUGUCGGAAAGACAUGGAGGGGCUCGUGGACACGAGCGUUGCCAAGAUCAUCUCGGACAAGAACCUGCCCUUCGUGGCCCGUCAGAUGGCCCUGCACGCCAACAUGGCUUCCCAGGUCCACCACAGCCGCUCAAACCCUACUGACACGUACCCCUCCAAGUGGAUCGCGAGGCUGCGGCACAUCAAGAGGCUGCGGCACCGGCUCCGAGAGGAAACGCAGUACCAGAGCCCUGGCCUUCCUCUGCAGCUGCAUCCCUCUGCCCCCAGCAAGCCCCCUCCCCAGGCGCCCCAGGACCCGCCGCCCACCUACGAGACAGGGCAGCGGAAGCGGCUCAUCUCCUCCGUGGACGACUUCACCGAGUUCGUGUAGGUCCUGGCACCUGUGUGGACACAGGGUUUGGGAGGCCUGGAUGUGCUCCUUGCAUGUGGACUUGGCAUUGAACCCUGCCAGGUUUGGAUGUUCCUGCCUCGGCCUUCCCUGAGGAGGACACGCUGUAUUCCCAGCAGAGCUCUGAGAGGACCAACCCACCGUGUUUGGUUUUAUUUGGUGUGAGGUAUUUCAAGGCUUCUGUCUCUGUUGGGAACUUCCCUGCAGAACCUUCCUUUGGACUCCUUCCACACUGGCUCCUGGGGGAAGCAGACAAAGGAUGAUAUUCUGCAGAUCCUUACAUGAAGGUGCAGGAAUUGUGGGAUUUUUGAUGACUUCAUUGGGAACGAAAUAUGAAGUACUGAAAAUCCAGUUGCUAUUUUUGAGCACCCUGGAAUCCCAGCUCCUACCUGGACCCGGAGUCUCCCAGCACGUGAACUCUCCAGGCUCUGACUCGUUCUGCUACCAGCUCUGAAAAGAGUUAAUUUGGGUUCUCUCCUGCCCAAAAUGCUGCUUAAAUUCCCAAGGGUUUUUCUGCAUUUUGAGAGAUUCACAGCAGAAAUUAUUUUGCCACCAGAAGUAACAGCAAACAGGGAGGUGGAGCAGCAGAAUGGCAGAGCUGGGCCAGGAAUCCCUGGGGAUGAACAGUCUGACCCCCAGGGCUGACUCCAGGUGUUCACCCCAAGGCCAGACUCGACUUCCAGGUCCAUCUGCAGAACUUCCACUGGUUGCAGGAAUGCUGGGGUAUCCCAGCCUUCUCCAUGCACCUGUAACCCCUUUGGGAGACUGCUGUCAUGUCUUGGGGCAUCGUCUCUGCCCGAGUUUUGCCUGUUGCACUAACAGUGACAGUCUCUCCUGGGACUCCUCAAAGGUUCAGGCCCUUCCAGCCCAGCUGUGCACAGCUGGAAUGGGAUUCUGUAGCCCAUCUUAAGGUGAGAUGGGCACCAGACACUACACUACCCAACUGGGAGACACCACGUAAGCUGGACUAUACUGUGAGUACUUUAUCUCCUGCUUUGGCCCUGCCUGGGAAGCUGGAUUUGGGAAUGGCUGACAGCAGUGAGGUGAAGACAAGUGCAAUGUGCACAUGGGACUGUGAAGUACCAGGGGAGGGGACAGAAAGGCCCCCCUGGCCUGUGCAGGGUGUUUGGGAACCAAGUGUCUGUUGUGUUUGAGUGUUUGAGUCGUAAAGGAAAUAAAGUAUUUGUCUGGUCAGUGGUUCUUGCUGGCCUGGGAAGGUUC